CGCGGGGGCUCCCUGGGGGCAGCGCUGAGACCCCCCCGGGACCCCCCCCGGGACCCCCCCCGGGACCCCCAAACCCCCCCCCGGGACCUGCGGGACAGGUGACCCUCCCAUGGUGGCCAUGGUGACAUCGCUGGACGCCUCCGGGCCACCGCCGGCCCCUGAGGGGGUCUCGCGCCCCGGCACAGCUCGGACAUGCGGCCCCCGCGGGGACGGGGCUGGGCACGGCGGUGGACCCCGCCCGCGGUGGCACCGGGGACACCUCCCACGGUGGUGCAUUUCCCCUGUUGGUGGCACCGCUCGUGGCAUCGUCUCGAGUGGUGGUGGCACCUCCCAGGGUGACAUCGGCACCUCCCAGGGUGACACCGGCACCUCCCACGGUGACACCGGCACCUCCCGUGGUGACAUCGGCAUCUCCCAGGGUGACACCGGCACCUCCCACGGUGACAUCGGCACCUCCCACGGUGACACCGGCACCUCCCAGGGUGACACCGGCACGUCCCAGGGUGACAUCGGCACCUCCCGCCGUGACGCCGGCACCUCCCACGGUGGCAUCCGCCACGGUGACACCCGCAACGGUGACGUUUCCCACGGUGGUGGCACCUCGCACAGCAUCAUCUCCCACGGUGGCAUCUCCAGCGGUGACAUCUCCCACACUGGUGGCGUCUCCCAUGGUGGCACCUCCCACAGUGACAUUGCCCACGGUGGUGGUACUUUCCACGGUGGUGGCUUCUCUCAUAGUGUUGUUUCCCAUGGUGGCACCUCCGGCGGUGACAUCUCCAACAGUGGUGGCAUCUCCUCUCAUGGUGACUCUUUCUCUGGUGGCUUCUGCCACGGUGGCACCUCCCAGAAGAGUGACAACUCCCACGGUGACAUCUCCCACGGUGGCACCUCCCAGAAGAGUGACAACUCCCACAGUGACAACUCCCACGGCGACAUCUCCAAGAGUGACAUCUCCAACACUGGUGGCACCUCCCAUGGCGGUGGCACCUCCCACAGUGACAUUGCCCACGGUGGUGGCACCUCCCAUGGCAUCAUCUCCCACGGCGGAGUCUCCUCUCAUGGUGACAUUUCCCACGGUGACAGCUCCACUGUUGGUGGCUCUGCUCAUGGCAUCAUCUCCCACACUGGUGGCACCUCCCAUGGUGGCAUCUCCCAUGGUGGCACCUCCCACAGUGACGUCACCCACGGUGGUGGCACUUUCCACGUUGGUGGCUCCUCUCAUGGCGUCGUCUCCCACGGUGACGUCCCCACCAGUGGUGGCAUCUCUGAUGGGGACAUCUCCAAUGGUUGUGGCGUCUCUUGUGGCACCACCUCCCACGGUGGCAUCUCCAAAAGUGACACAUCCCAUGGUGGUUCCUCCAAUGGUGGCACCUCCCACGGUGACAUCUCCCCCAGCGACAUUUUCCAUGGCGGUGGCACCUCUCGCGUCGUGACCCGCCAUGGUGGUGACGUCUCCCACCGCGGCAUCUUCCACGGUGACACCUCCCACGGGGACAUCUCCCACGGUGGUGGCAUCUCCCACGGUGGUGGCAUCUCCAACAGUGACCUCGGCCACCAGGACAUCUCCUAUGGCGGCGUCACAUCCCACAGUGACACCUCCUGCAAUGGUGGCAUCUCCCAUGGUGGUGGCAUCUCCAACAGUGACCUCGGCCACCAGGACAUCUCCUAUGGCGGCGUCACAUCCCGCAGUGACACCUCCUGCAAUGGUGGCAUCUCCCACGGUGGUGGCAUCUCCAACAGUGACCUCGGCCACCAGGACAUCUCCUAUGGCGGCGUCACAUCUCGCAGUGACACCUCCUGCAAUGGUGGCAUCUCCCAUGGUGGUGGCAUCUCUUGUGGCACCACCUCCCAUGGUGACAUCGGCCACAGUGACAUUUCUCAUGGCGGUGGCACCUCCCAUGGCAGCAUCUCCGAUGGUGACACCCCCCAUGGCAGUGGCACCUCUUGUGGCAUCGCAUCCCAUGGUGGCAUCUCCCGUGGUGGCAUCUCCCACAGUGGUGGCACCUCCAAGAAGGACACCUUCCACAGUGGUGGCAUCUCCCACAUUGACAUCUCCAAAACUGACACCUCCAACGGUGACACCUCCCACAGGGACACCUCCCGUGGUGACCCCUCCAACGGUGACACCUCCCAUGGUGACACCUCCCAUGGUGACAAUGGUGCCACCUCCCAUUGCGGUGGCACCUCCCACAGGGACGCCUCCCGCAGCGGUGCCACCUCCCACGGUGGCAUUUCCCAAGGUGGUGCCACCUCUCACGGUGGCAUCUCCCGCGGCGGUGCCACCUCCCACAGGGACACCUCCCGAGGCGGUGCCACCUCCCACGGUGGCAUCUCCCGCGGCGGUGCCACCUCCCGCGUGGCGCCCUCGCCCCUCCUGCUGCUGCUGCUGUCCCACCACCCCCGGUGGCCUCCCGCGCUGGCGCCCGUGCCCCCGCUGCUGCUGCUGCUCCUCCUCCUCGGCUCCUGUCCCCUGCCCUCGCUGGCCGCCACCUUCAAGGUGGGGGUGCUGGGUCCCUGGGGCUGUGACCCGCUGCUGGCGCGGGCGCUGCCCGAGGUGGCCUCGCGCCUGGCCGUGGCGCGGCUCAACCGCGACCCCGCGCUGACCGCCGGCUACUGGUGGGACGCGGCCGUGCUGCCCGAGCCCUGCGCCACCCCCCAGGCCGUGGCCGGACUGGUCAACGCCGAGCGCUACGCCAGCGCCAUCGUGGGUCCCCUCAACCCCGCGGCCUGCGGCGCCGCCGGACUCUUGGCCGCGGCCUGGAACAAGCCCUUGGUGUCCUGGGCGUGCGCCGGGGGCCGGAGCGGCACUCUGGUGAGGCCGCUGCCCGCGCCGGCCGGCGUCCUGCACGCCGUGCUGCGCUACUUCCGCUGGGCGCACGUGGCCGUGGUGGCCGCGCCGCAGGACCUGUGGGUGGAGGCCGGCGCGGAGCUGGCGAGGGAGCUGAGGGCCAGGGGGCUGCCGGUCACCGUGGUCACCGCGGCCGGAGAGGACGAGGACGAGGCGGAGCAGGCGCUGAGGAGGGUGCAGAGGGCGGACGGGGUGCGAGUGGUGGUGAUGUGCAUGCACUCCGUCCUGCUGGGCGGGCGGGAGCAGAAGGUUCUCCUGGAGAAGGCCGAGGACCUGGGCAUGACGGACGGGACGUUCGUGUUCAUCCCGUACGACGCGCUGACCUUCGCGCUGCCCUAUCGCCACGUGCCCUACCCGGUGCUGGCCAACAACACCAAGCUGCGCCUGGCCUACGACGCCGUGCUGACCAUCACCAUCGACUCGCCCGACACCUCCUUCCACGAGGCCCUCGAGGAGGCCAAGAAGGCCUAUGAGGUCCCCAUGAACAUCAACCCCACAGAGGUCCACCCGCUCUUCUCCACCAUCUACAACUCCAUCUACUUCCUGGCCAUGGUGGUGGAGGCCACGCACCGCAGCGGCCGCUGGGUGAUGGGCACCAGUGUGGCCGACCACGCCCGCGACUUCCAGCUCGAGGGCUUCUGCCAGACCUUCACUGUGGACAAGGACGGCGAAGUCUCGGUGCCCUACGUGGUGCUGGACACGGACGGCAAAGGCCACCACCUGUGGGCGGUCUACGGGCUGGAGCCGGGCAUGCGCGGCCUCAGCUACCGUAGCCACAGCCCCCACUGGCCCCACAGCUCCAGCCCGGACACCGACGCCGGCUGCUGGUUCGACUCCAACACCAUCUGCAACGGAGGGUUGGACGCCAAAUUCGUCUUCUUCUUGUUCCUCCUCAUCGCCGCCAUCAUCGCGGCCGGCGCCGCCCUCGCCUGCCACAUCAGGCGCUACAUCCAGCAGGCGCAGCUCGUCAACGGCCCCAACAAAAUCAUCCUGACCAUGGAGGACCUGACCUUCACCUACACCCACAGCAGCAAACAGGUGGGCAGCAGCCAGACCAGCCUGGCCGGUCACAGCGUGGCCGACACCAAGAGCCUCCACAGCGCCACCCCCGGCCCGGACAACGCCAACGCAGCCGAGGAGAAGCCGAAGGACAGCAGCAACCUCCCGCUCCUGCUGCUCCUGUUCAACCAGCAGGGCAUCGUCGCCUCCAUGCAGGGUGACUGGGUGUGGCUGAAGAAGUUCCCGGGGGACCAACACGUAGAGGUGAAACCGGCCACCAAGCUGACCUUCUGCAAGCUGCGGGACCUGCGGCAUGAGAACGUGAACCUGUUCCUGGGCUUCUUCCACGACUGCGGCAUCUUCGCCGUCGUGUCCGAGCACUGCUCGCGCGGGAGCCUCGAGGACCUGCUGCGCAACGAGGACAUGAAGCUCGACUGGAUGUUCAAGUCCUCCCUCCUCAUCGACCUCAUCAAGGGCGUGCGGUACCUGCACCACCGCAGCGUCGUCCACGGGCGGCUCAAGUCGCGGAACUGCGUGGUGGACGGGCGCUUCGUGCUCAAGGUCACCGACUACGGCUACAACCAACUGCUCGAGGCCCAGCGCAUCCCCGCCCCGCCCCCGCCCCCGCAAGAGCGGCUGUGGAUGGCGCCGGAGCUGCUGCGGGACGAGGCCCUGGAGCAGCGCGGCUCCUUCCGGGGGGACAUCUACGCCAUCGGGAUCAUCAUGCAGGAGGUGAUCUGCAGGAGCCCCCCCUACUGCAUGCUGGGGCUGCCCCCCGAAGAGAUCAUCGAGAAGGUGCGGAAGCCGCCCCCCCUGUGCCGCCCCGCGGUCUCGGCCGACCAGGCCCCGCUCGAGUGCAUCCACCUGAUGAAGGAGUGCUGGAGCGAGCAGCCCGAGAAGAGACCCACCAUCGACCAGGUGUUUGACCAGUUCAAGGGCAUCAACAAGGGCCGCAAGACCAACAUCAUCGACUCGAUGCUGCGCAUGCUGGAGCAGUACAGCAGCAACCUGGAGGACCUGAUCCGCGAGAGGACCGAGGAGCUCGAGAUCGAGAAGCAGAAGACCGACAAGCUCCUGACCCAGAUGCUGCCGCCGUCGGUGGCCGAGGCGCUGAAGAUGGGGACGCCGGUGGAGCCCGAGUACUUUGAGGAGGUGACGCUGUACUUCAGCGACAUCGUGGGCUUCACCACCAUCUCGGCCAUGAGCGAGCCCAUCGAGGUGGUCGAUCUCCUCAACGACCUCUACACCCUCUUCGACGCCAUCAUCGGCUCCCACGACGUCUACAAGGUGGAGACCAUCGGUGACGCCUAUAUGGUGGCGUCGGGGCUGCCGAAGCGCAACGGGAACCGGCACGCCGGCGAGAUCGCCAACAUGUCCCUGGACAUCCUCAGCUCCGUCGGCACCUUCAAGAUGCGCCACAUGCCCGAGGUGCCCGUGCGCAUCCGGAUCGGGCUGCACUCGGGGCCGUGCGUGGCGGGCGUGGUGGGGCUGACGAUGCCGCGGUACUGCCUGUUCGGGGACACGGUCAACACCGCGUCGCGCAUGGAGUCCACCGGGCUGCCCUAUCGCAUCCACGUGAACCAGCGCACCGUCGCCAUCCUGCUCUCGCUGCAGGAGGGCUUCAAGGUCGACAUCCGCGGCAAGACCGAGCUCAAGGGGAAGGGUGUGGAGGACACCUAUUGGCUCGUGGGGCGCGAGGGGUUCACCAAACCCAUCCCCACCCCCCCCGACCUCCUGCCGGGGGCCAGCAACCACGGCAUCAGCCUGGACGAGAUCCCGGCCGAGCGGCGGCGGAAGCUCGAGAAGGCGCGGCCGGGGCAGGUGCUGAAAUAGCCCCGCCCACAGCUGAAGGCGGCCUCGCCCCGCCCCCCCCCCGAGGGGUGGAGCCAGCGGUGAUUGGCUGCCCGAGGGAACCCGCCCUGGUGACGUCACAGGAGGCGGAGCCUGGGAGAGACACGGGGGACAAAGGGGGCGGGGCUUGUCCCUUUAAGGGGCGUGGUCUGAGCGGGAGGGGGCGGGGCUUGGCUCUCAAAGGGGCGGGGCUUGAUCGGGGGCGUGGUUUGGUCCGGGGCGGGCCCCUGGCAGCCAAUAGGAGCCUGACUCUCAGGGAUGUUUGUCCAAUCAGAGCCCAGGGCGGCCAUCUUGGCCCGGCAGCGCCAGCCAAUGGCGGCGCAGCUCCGCUCUUAAAGGGCCAGCGCGUGGCGUUCAUGUUCCGGCUCGGUUUCUUCCCGGGUUUUCCCCGUUUUUCCCGGAUUUUCCCCCAUUCCCGAGGCCCCGCCCCUCCCCCAGCCCCAUAGAGCCCCCAAUAAAUUCGAUCCCAAAGA